UUGACAGCUGUCGAUCGCUUCACGCGAUGGACUGAAGCUGUACCACUAAAGGAUAUCACCGCGGAAUCAGUGGCUAAAGCGUUUUUAUCGGGAUGGAUAGCGCGGUUCGGUUGCCCUACCGAUAUUGUUACCGAUCGCGGUAGGCAAUUCGAAUCAGCACUAUUCGCGCAGUUAUCAAGGUUCAUUGGCUUUAAGCACCGCAGGACUACCAGCUAUCACCCUCAAUGCAAUGGUCUCGUCGAAAGAUUUCAUCGGCAAUUAAAAACAGCAAUCAUGUGCCAUGCCGAUAGCAGUUGGACUGAAGCUUUGCCAAUUGUGCUUCUCGGCAUAAGAAGCUCUUUCAAAGAAGAUCUUCAGUCUUCCUCAGCCGAGUUAGUAUACGGCGAGCCAUUGCGACUUCCUGGUGAAUUUUUUGGCCACAAAGUUGACAAAUGUACGACUGACAUAACGGACUUUUCAGCCCGUAUCAGAUCAUUUGCCAAUAAGUUACAGCCAGUGCCAACUUCGCACCAUGCGAAAAACAAAAUCUUUAUUUAUAAAGAUCUAACAUCUUGUUCGCAUAUUUUCCUCAGAGAAGAUAGUUUGAGAGGGGCGUUACAACCGGCAUAUACUGGUCCUCACGAGGUGGUUGAGAGAAAUGAAAAAACUUUUAAAAUCAGAGUAAAGGGCAAAGUCGUGACAGUAUCGGUAGACCGACUGAAACCAGCCUACAUACUGUCCCACUCAAAUGACCCCACUCCAACUCCUUCUCCACCACUCAAACCAACUCCUAAUCCCACACCUACUCCACUUCCAAAUACCAGCCCAUCGCCAACAACUGCGUGCAAAACAACUCGUUCUGGGCGCAGAGUACAUUUCCCAGAUUAUUAUCGCCCGUAG